GUUCAUUGUAAACAAGUUCUGCUGAUUGUUUCGUUUGCAGUAAAACUUUUUUAUUGAGCAAAUGACGCCAAAAUGCUGAGUUUUUUAUUUUCAUGGCGUCUGUUUUGCGUCUUGGUUUGUUGUGGAGUUGGACACAGCAGAAGAAAUGUUCUUUUGAUCAUUGCUGAUGAUGCCGGGUUCGAGACGGAUGUUUACAACAACACCGUGGUCCAGACACCUCAUCUUCGAGCUCUGUCUCAGCGCAGUUUAAUCUUCAAGAACGCCUUCACCACCGUCAGUAGCUGCUCUCCAAGUCGGUCCACUAUCCUGACCGGCCUCCCGCAGCAUCAGAAUGGGAUGUAUGGUCUUCAUCAGGGAGUCCAUCACUUUAACUCAUUCGAUGGAGUGCGGAGUCUCCCUCUCCUGCUAAAAGAAGCCAACAUCCGCACAGGUAUCAUCGGGAAGAAACACGUGGGGCCGGGACCCGUAUACCUAUUCGACUUCGCCUACACGGAGGAGACCAAUUCCGUGCUGCAGGUGGGUCGAAAUAUCACCAAGAUCAAACUUCUCGUUCGGAAGUUCUUCCAGAGCCAAAGGGAGCGGAGCGGGGAGGCAAACGAGGAGCCUCCGUUCUUCCUUUACGUGGCUUUUCAUGAUCCCCAUCGCUGCGGUCACUCCCAGCCGCAGUACGGAGCGUUCUGCGAGAAGUUCGGGAACGGAGAGAGCGGGAUGGGGAGGAUUCCGGAUUGGGAGCCCAAGUAUUACACUCCAGACCAGGUCAAGGUUCCUGAUUUUAUUCCCGACACACCUGCAGCCAGGGCGGACAUUGCAGCACAAUACACUACAGUUAGCAGACUGGACCAAGGUAUCGGUCUGGUUCUGCAAGAACUACGAGACGCCGGAUAUGAAAACGACACUUUGGUAAUCUAUAGCUCGGAUAAUGGAAUUCCGUUUCCCAAUGGCCGCACCAACCUGUACGGCUCGGGUGUGAAGGAACCCAUGCUGAUCUCCUCACCUGAACACCGGCAGCGCCAGGGACAGAUCAGCCAGGCCUACGUCAGUCUCUUGGACAUCACACCCACCAUUCUGGACUGGUUGUCCCUACCGUAUCCAUCUUACAGCAUCUCUGGUGUCGAUCCGGUACAGCUGACCGGUCGCUCUCUCCUCCCAGCCCUGAUCUCGGAGCCCGCCUGGGUCACGGUCUACGCCAGUCAGAGUCUUCACGAGGUCACCAUGUACUACCCGAUGCGCUCCGUCCACCAGGGUCCCUACAGACUCCUGCACAACAUGCAUUACCGUAUGCCCUUCCCUAUAGACCAGGAUUUCUACGUAUCCCCAACAUUCCAGGAUCUGUUAAACCGUACCCGGACGUGUCAGCCCACAGGCUGGUUUAAGACUCUAAAUGAGUACUACUACAGAGAGAGAUGGGAACUUUUUGACACAUGCUCGGAUCCGUCGGAGAGGAGGAAUUUGGCGGGGGAUCCGGCCUACGCUCAGGUUUUGGAGAGCCUGAGAGCUCAGCUGCUUAAGUGGCAGUGGCGCACAGAGGAUCCGUGGGUGUGCGAGCCGGACGCGGUUCUGGAGGCGAAACUGGAACCAGAGUGCAGGCCACUCUACAACGGGCUAUGAAACCUGAACUCAUACAAGACUGUUUGUGUUUUUAAUAAUAGUUCUAAUUGGUUUCAUGGGACUGUUUUAUUUUUUAGGUUGUUUCUUUUUUGUAACAAAAAUGCUAAUAAACAUUUUUUUUAUGUUUUAAAAUGUA